GUGUAUUCAAAUCGGUUUGUGUCGGUUUUAGCGCGUUUUGAUCAUUUUUGUCGGGGUUUUCCGGUUUGAUCAGUUAAUUUAUCUGUAUAACUAAAUAUUUCAUUUCAUGUGCAUCAAUAAUUAAUCUGCAUGAUUGAAUAUUAUACGUAGUAAUAAACAAUCUUUCCAUUAUUCAUUUAUUGUGCAUUAGAUUCCUCUUUGUCGCAGUUAUCAUACAUGGAUUGUGGAACUUCCGAACUUGUCGCUUGCUAUCAUCGAUGUAUAUGGGCUUUUGAUGAUAAGAACCUUCUGAAAUGUUCGAUUUGUCUACACAAUUGUGCUUGUUGAUGCGGUAUGGAGGCUCUCUUCGCAAUGAAAAAGAAGAAGGAGAGGGCGCAGGCCCAGAAGAAGGAGAAGAAGGAGCCCUCGGGUCAAAAGCCCAUUGAUGAGGUUUUCCCGAAGGAGACCGCGGAGCCUUCAGUUGCUGUUGCUCCUGCUACUGCGGCCGGGGGGCCGAAGGCCGAUGUGGCAGUCAAGAAGAAAAAGGGAGGCAAGGGGGUGGAGCCCCCGAUCAAGAAGCAGAAGGUUGCCGGGGGCGCCGUUGAGAAGGCGGCCCCCCUCAUAGUAAUCGAUGAUCAGCCCUCUGCUGACCCCCCGGCCAUUGAUACUUCGAUGGCUCAAACAGACCUUCCCCCGGGGAACCUGCCUCGGGAGAUUAUUCAGCUAUCCCUCACCCCGGGGGCAUCUGUAUUGCACGGUUCAGCCGAGCCGAUGUCUUUCCUGAGGGGGAUUACCUCGAUGAUGGACAAAGAAGCCCUCUCCACCUAUGACGAUGACGCCCUCGAAGCCAAGGCCCUUCGAUCAGCUCUGACUGCGUGUAUAACCUUCGGUGAGCAGGCCCGAAGGCGAGAGGAGUGGUGUCGUCAUAAGGCUGAGCUAGAGAAGUCCGUGAAGGAGCUGAUCCACGACAAGGACGCUGCCCUCCGGGAGGUGUGCAAGUUGGAGGACGCCCUUCGGCAAGCGGAGCUGCGGCUGAAGGAGGCCAGAGAUGACGGGAAGGCCGAGGGCAGGGCUGAGGCCGAGAGGGUUGCGGCCGAGGAGAGAAAGCAAGCGGCCGAGGACGCCGAGAAGGCCAAGGCUGAAGCUACUGCCAAAGCCCGAGAAGAGGCCAUUGCUGGGUUCACCUCCGAGGGCUGGAAGGCCGAGGGCCAGAGCGAGUGGGUGGCCUCUGUGGUGAAGGCCUCGAUCGAGGAGUGGGUGAGGGGCCCCGGGCUCGACUGGAUGAAUGAGAGGGGUGACACCUACUAUCAAGCUGGCGAGUUCUUCACCCAGCACCUGGUUUACCGGAGGCUCGCCCGGCAUUUUGGCACCUCCCAGGAUGAGUUCAACCCCUCAAUGUAUGGCCUCCCCCCGUUGCAGCCAGACGUGAGGGUCCCCCUCCCCGAGGGAGAAGAGCGCCCGGUGAUUCAUGAUUCCAUGAUGAUGGGCGUCGAUGAUGAUGCCGAGGACGCCACCGGGACGGAGGUUACCUCGAAGCCAUCGGGGGAGGCGGCCCCCGGGAAUGAUG